CUUCUGGGCUUUCUCCUGUAAAUAUGGAACCUGGCAUCAUGGGUGUAGAGGAACUGCUCUAUCCAUGAUCAGCCACUACCCUUCUUUUCAAGUUGGGGCAGAACCAUGGCCUACAGUGAUCUGAAGAAAAAAGACUGUUUAGUGAGUGAGAGGGGAAUUGAAGAGUUAAGUCUUGUAGCAGGAAGAACCCAGCGAGAAAAGAAAAGAUCGUACAAAGACUUGCUAAGAGAAGAAGAAGAAAUAGCAGCUCAGGUCAAAAAAACAUCUAAAAAAAGGCCAAAGGUAAACUGCCGAUUGACAGAAUGCUGGAUUUCCUUCCAGAGGAGACUAGCGAUGGAAACAGUAUAUGUAGAGUUGUACUCUUGGAAGGAAAACAAGGUUAUAAUAUGUUAAAAUUGCACUUUUAAA